AUGGCGUUACCGGUCCCACUUUGCAGCCGAAACAGAGAAAACACAUUCACAGUAUCAGCAAACGAAGCUCGUCAAGCAUCAUCGCUAGCGGAGAGUCGGCAGAACUCUCAAACAUCACACCCCAAUGCGUGGAGAGACUGUAGUCGGACUGAACGAACCACUUUUCGUCGAAGUGCUGGUUUCAUUCAUGCACCGUGCACGCUAGUCUCUCAUCGAAAGACAGCUGAACAGCAAGCGACUGCCCUUCUUGAUACUUAA